AUGUCCUCGUCUGUUUUCGUAAUUGGUGCUAGUGGUUACAUUGGUUUAGGUGUAGCUCAAGCCUUUCGUCGUGCUGGAUAUCGUGUCUAUGGAUUGAUUCGUAACGAAAAAUAUUCAAAUAUUCUAUUACAAAACGAAAUUGAACCAAUCGUAGCACAAACAUUUGAUGAUCUUCAGUCAUUUGCUGAUACACUGGCUUUAUGUUCAGUCAUUGUUGACACUGUUGGUUAUAACGCUAAACUUUCAUCUAGUUUACUUGAAGUAGCUAUACAAACUGGAAAAACUAGAACAGAAAAUGGUAAACUUUCUCAUUAUGCACCACUCUAUAUUUUCACUUCGGGUAUUAUGACUUAUGGUGAUACAUCUUCAACAGGACGACGUCCUGUGGAUGAAAUGGUAAAACCACGAGCUGCUAAUCAAGGAGCUAAUAAUUCAUCUUCAGCUAAUGUCUCAGCUAUGAAAGAUCGUGAAGAUUUUGAAAAUCAUAUUUUAGCUGUUUCAUCUACAUCACUUAAGACAACAGUUGUUCGUCCUGGUUUUGUUUAUGGUGGACAAGGUGGUUUUGUAGCUAAUUUAUUCUAUUCAGAAGCUUUAGUUAUUCAAGGACGAAGAGAUAUGCGUUGGAGUUGGGUUCAUGUUGAUGAUCUUGGUAAAGGUUAUGUUGCUAUAGCAAGAGCUCCACGUGUUGUUGUUGAUAAACAACUUUAUAAUUUGGCUGCACCAAAUGACAAUCCAACAUAUGAAGAAUUAAAAACUGCAAUGGCUAAAGCUCAAGGUCGAAAAGAAACUAUUGAAUAUAAAGAAGCGGAUAAGGAUGUACCAACAAGAUGGAAUACAGAUUCUAUUAUCAAUCCCGCUAAAGCUAUCAAUGAAUUAGGAUGGCAUCCAAGACAUGUAGGUUUUGUUGAAGAAAUUGGAAUUUACUAUAAAGCAUGGGCUGCUCAUCAAUCUACUCAAGAAACAAAAUCAUCUGAACAUGCCUAA